GUAUCACUUCCGAGUGAAAGGUUGUUCAAUUAUUUCAAGAUGGCUGCCCCCUCGCAGAUGGCAACCUCUGAGCUGUACUGCUGGGAAGGCGAUUGGGAUUUACCGUCUGUCGAUACUGAGUGUUUAAUUGUAUUGGCUUAUGCAAAGUUUGCAGGCGCACCCCUCAAACUUCACAAGAUCGGCAACCCCUGGAGAAGUCCCACUGGCUCCCUGCCUGCCCUGAAGACCAGCGAGAAUGGGAGCCUCUCUCGGCCCAGUGACAUCAUCAUCCACCUCAGGAAACAGAAAUACAAUGCCGAUUUCGACCUGUCUGCCAAAGAGGGAGCAGACACUCUGGCCUUCGUCUCACUCCUGGAGGAAAAACUGAUGCCAGCUCUGGUCUAUACUCGGUGGAUUGACCCUAAGAACUAUGUGGAGGUGACUCGGCGCUGGCACGCGGAGCACGCCCCAUUCCCCCUGAACUUCUUCCUGCCCGGCAGCAUUCAGCGCCAGCAGCUGGAGAGGCUGAGGCUGGUCAGGGGAGACGAGGAGUUGACAGCAGGGGAGGAAGUGGAGAAGGAGCUGUACCGCGAUGGUAAGGAGUGUAUGAACCUUCUCUCGCAGCGGCUGGGCUCAAACAAGUUCUUCUUCGGAGACUCACCUUCAUCUCUGGACGCUUUUGUCUUUGGCUACUUGGUGCCCAUCCUGAAGAUGAAACUGCCCAAUGGAAGUCUCCAGCAGCACCUCAAGUCAUUGGACAACCUGAGCCACUUCUGCUCCAACAUCCUGGCGCUCUACUUCCCCAGUGAGGGACGAGAAGAUUUUAGUCGCAAGGUGUCCUCCCAGCCUGAAGGGGGUGACGCUGAUAACGAGCCGGGUAAGAGGCGCAAGCAGCUGCUGUCGGUCCUGGUGGCCCUGGGCGCCAUGUUGAGUUACGCCCUGCUCACCGGCAUUGUGGCUAUUCAACACGUCCAGCAGGAGGCACUAGACCACCGUUCCCCAGGUCUCAGGUCACUCUCCUCCAACGAGGAGGAGGAUGAGGAGGGCUGAGGAUGGGGAGGAGGAGACGGCUGCAAUUCAAAACUGAUCACCUGUGUCUAUUCCUAAUUCUUCGUUGACGCUCCCUCAGAAGUCUGGAAUGACUGGAUAGGUGUUAACCAAUAUGGCAGAAACUCCAGUUAGCCUUCUAGACUUGGUGGAACGUUUACUCUACUGCUGAUGCCUCGACAAUCCCUUCAGAUCCUGGAGGAGGACUCAAUACGAAGAAGGGGCAAGGGGUUGGUGUUUGAUUGGGCCAAAGCAGUAGAGUAUGAUGAAGAGGAGGAGGAACACUGUGGAAAUAUGCAUUAAGAUGCUUCAAAACUCACCAAGAGUGCUUCGAUGUCUUACUUGGAGAAUGUUUGGAUGUUUUCUCUGCUUUAUUUUGACUCUGUCAUUGCACGAUAAUCAUAGAUUCAAGUCAUGACUUUGCUUUUCUCAAUUUCCUGGUGCUUUAUCUUAUCCAAAUGAAAAUACUUUUUUAAAGUUAUAUUAUUGAGGGAACAAAUCCCAGGUAGCAUUCGUGAAAAUUGAAUUGGUACUGGAUUCUUAGUAGCAUUAGCACAUUCUUUCUGAACACUUGCCAAAAUAACCACCAUCUAGGUCUCUAGAUUAUUUAACUAGGCAAGUCAGUUAAGAACAAAUUCUUAUUUUCAAUGACGGCCUAGGAACAGUGGGUUAACUGCCUUGUUCAGGGGCAGAACGACAGAUUUUGUACCUUGUCAGCUCGGGAAUUCGAUCUUGCAACCUUUCGGUUACUAGUCCAACGCUCUAACCACUAGGCUACGCUGUUUAAAAUAAUAAUUUCAACAGAGGAAAUGAAGGGGUGACUUCUUGGUUUAUGUCCUUUUCAUAUUAUUGCUUGUCAGGCUGAGAACUCUUUUAUACUUUUUCACCUACCAUGGUAUUGAGGGCCAGGCCUGAAGUUUGGGGCAUUUUAAAUGUUUCAGGGCCACUUCAAAAUCUUUUGGAAGUUGCCCUCCCAGUGAAAUUUGCGCUCAAACAACAUGUGCAUAAUGUGUGCUAUAGUGAAGACUGUGCUGGCCCUAUUCCUGCAUUGCAUCAAGUCAAAGCAUCAUUCAAUAAAAGAAACAGCGGAGUUCAGUAAAUCACUUUAAUGUUCCAAUACAUCAGCUCGCUGUGUAAAGGCUUCCCCUGCUUUAGGAUGAUAGGCUACUGUUGAUCUCUUCUGCCAUUACAUUAUUGUUUAAUUCAGAGUUGCAAGAAGCUCUUUGACUUUGUAUUUUUCAAUUUCUUAAAGGUAGCCUGUUGGAGAGAAAUAAUUUAUACUAUGUAAAUUUGUAAUGCAGUUGUUAAUAGAGUUAACCUUAUUCAAUCUUGGUUUGAGGGCAGAACUAAUGUUACACACAGGUUGCCAUACACCUUAACCCUAAACAUUUCUUGCCUAAACUUAAUCCAACCCCCUGAACCUGCCUAACUUUAACCAAUUAGGAUUACUUGCCUAAAUUUAACCAAGCACAUUUGUUUCUGCCCUCGAGGCAAAGCUGCCCUCAGGACCAGAUACAAUAGAUAUAUGCCAAAAUGAGGAUGUGGGGUGUAAAGAUGAGGAUGGACCCAUAUUGAGGGGGGAACACCUGUAGCAUGAAUAUAUAGCAUUUUUUUAUAGUGUGAAUAGGAGUUGAAAAACCAAACUAAAUAUAUUCAUGUUGGCUUUAUUUUCAUGGUUGAAUAAAUGGGUCACAUACAUACUUUAA